CACAACACCGGCCAAUGCUCUAACGAAACCGGAAAUUUUGUUUUGCUUCUUAGCUCGCGCGUGAAAACUUAUCAAUAGACGCAAUAAACUCGUCGCCGUACCGUAUUCUGGUUACAUCACACGUUCGGAACGUUCGGUCGUGCAUUUUUGUAUCUAACUAAAUCAAUGCAAUGAACGACAUCCGCCGACUGAAGGAGCAACAGAAGGAUAAACAUCCCGCAUUCGGUUCCUACCUGGAGUGUAUGACCCGGGCCCUGUUCACCGGAUUGGCCACCUUCACGCUUGGAUUUUCCUCGAUAUAUUUUCUGCAGAAGCUGGUGGCGAAGCGCCUACCCUAUCCGCAGAAAUCGGCCAUCCUGGUGUCGACGGUGAUUGGGACAGUCGCUUCCUACAAGGUGACCGCAGACCGGACCAAAUCCUGCCAGGCUGGUUGGAUGGCAGCAGAGGACAAAUUUACUGCCCUGUCGGAUAACCAAUUGUUGGAACCGGAGGAAGAGGGUGAACGUGUGCUGUAGGAGCAGGGUGGCAAUGGCCACUAGCCUGAUGAGGCGAUGCUUCCGCGGGGCUUUGAUCCGGGGAGCAUUAAUGGGCAGGACGACUGUUAAGUUAGGAAGCAUUUCUGCUAGUUUUAGAUGUAAAUAUACGGACGCGAAUAAGUUUAAAGGUUUUAAGGGAAAGCACAAGCCGAUGGUUUUCGUAGAUGAUGGGGAAGUGGACCGAGGCAACGGAUCGGAACGAUUCGACUUGGAGGACGCUGAGUACGAUGCCGUGGUGAACAGUGCCAUGCAUGUCCAGAAAAGGCUGCAAAAUGAGCAACACGUUUUGGUGAUUCAACCCUAUGUCAAAUGGGGUCCAAAGAAGUCGGGAAGUCAGCCCGAGCAUCAGCUGCAGGAAGCAGAAGCUUUGGUGAGGUCUCUACCCAAGUGGAGAGUUGAAUAUAGUCUGAAGGUUCCUUUGGAGUCUUUGGAAAAGAAGCAACUUUUUGGAGCAGGAAAACUGGAAGAGAUCAAAGCGAUUCUGAGCGAUUUGCAGACAUCGGGUAAGUUGAUCACCUGUGUCUUCAUCAGCAAAGGUACGUUAACCCUUGGACAGAAGCAGCUGUUGGAGCAACACUUCAAACUUCCCGUAAUGGAUCGUUACUCGGUGGUAAUUCAGAUCCUUCGUUUGCACGCCAUCAGCACUGAAGCCAAGUUGCAGGUCGCGAUGGCCGAGAUUCCUUACAUUUGGUCACAGAUGAAAGACCAGGAUGCUUCCAAAGGACGAGUCUAUUUCACCGAAUCCCAGAAGCAAAUGUUACGUUUAAGAGAGCGCAAAUUGAAGAACGAACUGGCCACCAUUCGCUCGCACCGAGAGCUUCUACGGAACAAGCGGAAACAGAAAGCUUAUCCCAUCGUCGCAGUCGUUGGCUAUACAAACGCUGGGAAGACCUCCUUGAUCAAAGCCCUUACAGAGGAGAAAUCCCUGGAACCGAAGGAUCAGUUGUUUGCCACAUUGGACGUCACGGCCCACGCGGGACUUUUGCCCUGCAAACUGGAGGUACUGUUCAUGGAUACCGUUGGCUUCAUGGCGGACAUUCCCACCGGAUUGAUUGAAUGUUUCGUGGCUACCCUAGAAGACGCCAUGCUGGCCGACGUGAUCGUCCACGUCCAGGACGUUUCCCACGAGAACUUCCUGGAGCAGAAGAAACACGUCGAAACGACACUCAGCUCAUUGCUCAAAACGACCGGAGUGGCCUCGAGUCAUCCGAAGCUCGAUAACGUUAUAAACGUGGGAAACAAGGUCGAUCUUCUCCCGACCACCGAAAAACCCACCGACAUGCAUCUGGUGUCUUCGAAGACGUUACAUGGCAUUAACGAACUGCUGCAGGAGAUCGAGCGGCAAAUUCUGCAAGUCACUGGCCGCCAGAAGAUCAUCAUCCGGGUUCCGAUGGGUGGCUCCGAAGUGGCUUGGCUGUACAAGAACGCGGCCGUUACGGAGACGGCAGCCGAUCCGAAAGAUAGCCAAAGAAUGCUGGUUAGUGCGGUCAUUACGGAGGCGAAGCUGCAACAAUUUAGGCAUCAGUUUGUUAGGAAUGGGGCUAGGUGAUCGAUGAAUAAACUAAGUUUAUUUAUUUA